CAUCCCUUCGCUAUCCCGGGAAAAGCGAAGUUCGCCUCGUGGCCGCAGUAAUAGCGGGGGGCGAUAACGAGCUGCCCGGACCCUUUUAGCUGCUGCACCAAAGCGGAAGUACUUGGUUGGUCCGCGAAGGCCGAGAUCAACGCUAGCUAACGCUAGCCGAGCAGCAAGAUGGCCCACAGGCUGCUGGUACGUAGACUCUGGACUCUCUCUGGGAAAGAUAUCCGCUGCCUCCCAGCGUCCUCCUCUUCCUCCUCUUCUUCCUUUUCCACCUCGCUGCAGACCGCCCCGACGCGGGUCUCCUUCCUCUCCCCCCCCCGCACUCUGGCUCGCUCCCUCCCUCAGGCCUCCCGCCGCGAGGUCUCCUUUAACGUCCAGGACCACGAGGACUUCACAGACAGGGUCAUCAAGAAUGAACUGCCCGUGCUCGUCGACUUCCAUGCACAGUGGUGUGGUCCCUGCAAGAUCCUCGGGCCGAGGUUGGAGAAGGCCGUCGCCAAACAGAAAGGCCGCGUUGCCAUGGCGAAGGUCGACAUCGACGAUCACACAGACCUGGCUAUAGAAUACGGGGUGUCCGCCGUUCCCACGGUAAUCGCCAUCCGGGGAGGUGACAUCGUCGACCAUUUUGUGGGGAUCAAAGACGAUGAAGAGCUGGACUCGUUUGUCAGCAAGAUCAUCGAAAAAUAACCCCGUUACUGUGCUGUCUCCUAUGAUUGUCGGCGGCCAUCUUGAGCCACUUUAGCAACAGCCGCCACCUUCCCAGCCGCUCACACCCAUCCCUCGACACACCGCUCCAGCUGUGCAUGGUCGCGUCUGUCUUUGUCUCUUUGUGUUUGUUUGGGUUUUAUUGUCUAGAGAUGGGUGUGUGCUUCCCUUAAACCUUUUUAGUUCAUGCUCCAUUUUUGCAGCAGUUCUGUUUCUCUUUAAUAAUGUGACGGCUCAUUUACAAGAGCAGCCAGGCCGGUGUGUACUUUACAUUUUCCUGUAAAAGUCUGUAGAAGUGAAAACACGCCGCUGUGCUGCACUCAUACUGUACUACACGAGGGAUGAAGAUUUGUAGUUUUAGCCGUGAGGAGGAUUUAAGUUAACAGCUGACGACAGUGAAUGAGGUUUUGUGACGGUUACCUGUAGUUCCUGCUUUUGUCCACACGGUGGCGCGUGUUCUCCAACAUCACAAAGCCACACAUGGUUAUUUUACACCAGGAUGCCUAAUAAUAAUGUGAGAGAGGAAGAUGUUUGUGUGUCUCUGGAUCAUGACUGUGAAACUUAAGUCGAGGGGGAAUCUCAAAUGUGAGUUUGAUUUUAGUUUAAUUACUCAAAAGAACUCGUAUGUACCAGAAACAUGACCAAGGGAAGUAAUAAAGGUGUCCAAAGAA